GCGCCUGUUAACAGAUUUUUUGUUUGUUUGUUUGUGUUUUGGGACGUCGGAAGCCUCCGCGGCGGCCCCGGAAGCGGCGGCGGCGGCGUCCCCCGGCGACCCCGCGCCCUCUCCAGACCCCCGAGCCAGCCGCUUUCUCCGCGGGGGUGCUCGGACGAGGGACCCGGCCCCGAGGGAAGGGAGCGCCGGCUCCCGCUAGGCCCGAACUCAGAGUAUGGGUCCAGGCCAUACCUCAGUGGCAGAGCACAUACUUUGCAUGGAAAAGGUUCAGAGGCCGAGCGUCGUCAUCUCUCGUUCAGAAGGACUUCCUCUCUGAAAGGGCUGGGAAGACCCCCGUCCAGGCUGCCCCCACCGCCUCUGUGAGCCACGAGCCAAGGCUGCACUAGAUGGACCAGUGGUCUGAAUCAGAACCUACUUGGCUUCAUGGUUGACUCCUCUUCUAAACAGUGCCCCAGUUCAUGUAUUCAUUCGUAUUUGGAGACCAGCCUUUCCAGCAGUGGUGGGAAAGCUGAGAUUUCCAGCUUGGACUCUGUGUCCCAGCAUCCACAAGCCACUUACUCUGUGAGUUGUACUCCAUCACACGUGGAGGGUUGCAGCUUGAACGAGGCCGAUAGGGUAUUCAAGCUUGUGGUUCACCAUGGAUGGAAGAAGAUAGUAGGGGAAGGUGGCCGAACUUGGGACAGGAUGGCUUUCUUGGACAACCCAACCAUUAUCCUGGCUCACAUCCGGCAGUCGCACGUGACCAGUGAUGACACGGGGAUGUGUGAAAUGGUCCUGAUUGACCACGAUGUCGACCUGGAAAAAUUCCAGCCUGCUUCGGCCCAUGGGGAGAGCAGCUCAGAAGCACAGGGCAGCAAUGGUGAAUCUCAGGGUUACGUCUACUCUCAGUCAGUCGACAUUACCUCAAGCUGGGACUUUGGCAUCCGAAGGCGAUCGAACACAGCUCAGAGACUGGAACGACUACGAAAGGAGAGACAAAAUCAGAUAAAGUGUAAGAAUGUGCAGUGGAAAGAGAGAAAUACGUCGUAUUCAGCGGAGGAGCUGAGCAUGCUGUUUGAGAAGAAGAACUUCCGGCUGAAGCCGGCACAUGCCAUGAAGCCGUCGAUCCUCUCGGUCCGACUGGAGCAAUGCCCUCUGCAGCUGAACAACCCAUUCAAUGAAUACUCAAAAUUUGAUGGCAAGGGCCACAUUGGCACCACUGCAACCAAAAUCAUCGACGUCUACCUCCCGCUGCACCCAAACCAGGACAAGCUGCAGCCCAUGACCGUGGUGACGAUUGCCAACGCCAAGGUGCACGACUUGAUCGGGCUUAUCUGCUGGCAGUACACGAGUGAAGGACGGGAACCCAAGCUCAACGACAACGUCAACGCAUACUGUCUCCACAUUGCCGAAGAUGACGGCGAGGUCGACACGGACUUCCCACCCUUGGACUGCAACGAGCCCAUUCACAAGUUCGGCUUCAGCACGCUGGCAUUGGUGGAGAAGUACUCAUCGCCUGGCUUGGCGGCCAAGCAGUCCCUCUUCGUGCGAAUAAAUGCUGCGCAUGGAUUCUCGCUUAUCCAGGUGGACAGCAUGAAGGUCACCAUGAAGGACAUUUUGCAGAAGGCCUUGAAGCGGAGAAAAGGGUCGCAGCGAGGCUCAGGCCCUCAGUACCGGCUGGAGAAGCAGAAUGAGCCAAACGUCCCUGUUGACUUAGACUGUACCUUGGAAAGCCAGAGCACCUUGGAAUUCUGCCUCGUCCGUGAGAACAGUUCAAGAGGAGAGGAGGUCUCCGAGGAGGAUCCGCAGAUCGACAUCGCGACGGUUCAAGACAUGCUCAGCAGCCAUCAUUAUAAGACCUUCAAAGUCAGUGUGAUCCACAGGCUUCGGUUCACGACGGAUGUCCAGUUAGGUAUUUCAGGAGACAAGGUAGAAGUGGAUCCCGUGACAAAUCAGAAAGGCAGCACCAAGUUCUGGAUUAAGCAGAAGCCCAUCUCCAUCGACUGUGAGCUGCUGUGCACCUGCGACCUUGUGGAAGAAAAGAGCCCAACCUUCGCUGCAGGAGCUGCGGUUGCAUGUAGAGGACGAGGCUCGCCUUCCCGGGGCAUCGUCUGCCUUCUUGCUCCGCUCUGCUGCACUUCGGGGGAACCGAUAUCCUUUGCCUUUCCGUGCCUGCAGACUUCCUGGGCAGCCCCUUCCGAAUUGCCUGCCACCUUCCACGGAUCCUGCAAAGUGGGGCUCCUGCCUCCCUCAUGGAAGAGGGCCUGCUGGUUCCACGUGCCGUGUUUGAGCAAGGCACGGAAGCACAGCGGUGACGCGCAUGGAGACAGGCGCAUGCCUGGCUUUUCCAUUCCUGAUUAACUCUGCUUAGUCCUUUGAGAGGCCCAAACACUGGAUGGGGAUCCGUUAGAGUUGGCACUGGCAACGUCCUCGGAACAUUUCCUGCAAAACCGGCAGCGUGGUUCUUUGCACCCACUGUGCUAGGGGCUGUCCUUCCACUUCUGCCAGGAGCCGGUCAAGUUUCAUCCGUGGAGCUUCGGAGCAGGCGAGCAAACCACGUUCCUUGCCAGUCACUGCUUCCUCGCUCCUGGGACUCGGGAGGAUCCAGGAACUCCCCGUGACUGAUCGCUGCUGAUGAGACCUCCGCACAGAAAUCACAUCCCGUUGCAAAGCCCAUGGCAUCUAAAGCCUGUGAUAUCUGAUCAGGGAUGACUUGGUGAAUGCUCAGGAAUUGUGUGGAGAAUCCCCUCCUCUUGGUAUCAUACAGCCAUUCAGCUUCCUUGGGUGUCGCAGCCCACUGCUGACAGCUCUCCCAGCCCUUUGCUGAUAGCAGCCUAGUAGAAGCAGUCAGAAUAAUACUGCAAUGUUCCAAAUCACAUCACCUUUGUUAUGUCUGGAAUUCUCACAACAGUCCUGUAAGGUUGGCCAGGGGCAGUAUACCCGUUUCACAGAAAGAGAAACCGAGGCAGAGAGAAAGAGACCCUAUGAACUCCUAACAAAAGAAAGAUUUAAACCCGUGCAGUCCUUUCUGCUACUCAUCCUCUGAGCCGCACCGUCACACUAGCUCCAUUAACAAUCAGCCAGUCUAAUGACAAAGCAGUCUAAUUAAGAAGAUUAACGUCCAUACAUUUCCAGUGUUUUCCCGUGUUGCUGAGAUUCUCAGAUGUUCUCUGCGUUCCCACCCCGGGUUAUCGACU